UUUCGUAUUCCUUCUGUCAAGAUGUACUGCCAUAUCCUCCUAGCCUGUGCGAUAUGUGCCUGCGCCGCGUCCGCCCAGACGUACGAGGCCCUGGGCGUGCUUCAGCCGGCGAAACCGAAGGACUUGGGCAAGCACGAGGGCGUUGUGGCGGCGACCAUCGACAUCCUGCCCGAGGUUGCCAAGACCCUGAAGGAGCUGACCAGCAGGAUGACUCGCUCUCAGGCCGACCCCUUCGACUCGCAGAAUAUUUUCGAGAUCCUGAUGGCGUUCAUGCCCGUGACCCGCAGGAUCCUGUUCGCCGUGGCGGAGGCCGAGGGGCGGAGCGUGUCCGAGGAGGAGCUGCAGAGGCUGGACCGCGCCGAGAAGAUCCUUCCCUCCGCCUUCAAGUUCAUGCUCAAGAUUCAGGGCAGCGACUUCUUCGGCUUCGAGGACUCGGCCGCCGAGAGGGCCCCGACGGAGGACGCCGCCGCCCUCGCCGACACCAGUCUCAGCGGGUCCUUCGUCCAGAUGCCCCACGGGAGGGCAGUGUUCAUCCACCACGGGUAGGCGCUGGCGGAGGGACAAGAAAGAGAAGACACAGGCGGGUCAGGAGCAGAAAGAGUACAAAAAGUCGGAGGAGGAAGAAGAGAAGAAGCACAAGUUGUCGAACCAGGAAGAUCACGAGGAGAUGAAGUAGAGAGAAAUACAGAAGCAGCAGUCUAUUACAAAAAAGAGCAAUAGGAUAAGAAAAUUCCGAAAAGAAGGAACGUAAUUACUGCUGAAGAAGAAAAGUUCAUUAACACGGCAUUUAAAUCUCCGAGCAUCUGAUGCAGGCCUCAUCUGAUUCUAUUUCCCGAACAAUUUGCAUAAUUGUAACACCACUCAGUGAUAAAAAACUACCUCCCCCUUAACUCACCACAAACUGUACAUAUAUGUAAUUAAACGAUGUAAAUA